AACCUAUAAAUCACAUUUUUUAGGAUAAAGAUAGAGAAGCUGAUCCGAACCUGGAAACUGUUAAAAAAAACAACAAAGCAAGACAAACUUUAUCAGAGAUUGAAAAAAGGAGGAGGUUUUUAACUCAGAUAAAAAGUAUCUUUUGGAUUGCACCUGAGCUCGAUACUCUGGUUGCAAUCAUUAAAGCUGAUAGGAAACAAAAGGAUCAAGAGAAGACUGAAGAUAUUGCAUUUUUAUUAGACCAAUUAGGAGAUAGAAAAACUAGAAUAGGUGGAAUCGAUACAAGGUACCUUUACUCUGUAAACAGGAGUUUAUCCAAAAUUAAAAGGAAAUCAAAUUUGCAUGAAACCAUGUCAGAGAGUGAAUUCAGCUCAAAUGGAUCGGAGAAAGAUGAAGGUAAUGAUGAUUUUUCAUACCCAGAUCCAGAGUUAAAGAAAAAAGUCAAAAAAACUAAUACUGUUAUGCUUCCAAAAGAUAUUCUCAAGAGAACUACUGAUACUGCUGUUGGGGAAGGAAUAAGUCAUAGGCAGCAUGCUUCCAUGAUUAAUAGUAUAAUCGCUAAAUCGGGUGGAAAUGUAGCUGAAUUUAAAUCUUCAACCUCUACAGCAUUACGCGCUGCAGAUAAGGUCAUUCAUGAUGAAUCAAAGAGGAUCAAGGAUGAUUUAAGAAGUUUAAGAAAAAUCAAUAAGAACAUUUUAGUUCAACUCCAUUUUGAUGGAAAAGUAUGUCAUGAAUAUACUGAUGGGAAAAAAUUGGAACAAGAUCGAUUAGCAAUAUUAAUAAACGCUAACAAGGAAACGCACCUGUUGGGAAUUCCACCUAUUUCUUCUGGAACUGGCGAAAAUCAAAAAAAUGCAAUCAGAGAUAUCUUAAAUAGCUUUAACCUUGCAGACAAUAUACAAGCUGUAACAUUUGAUACUAGCAGAAUCAACGCUGGAAAAAAAAAUGGAGCUGUAUCUUUACUGGUAAAUGAAGUCUUUCAACGACCAGUUCUAUCUAUUGCAUGCCGACAUCAUGUCAAUGAGCUACACAUAACACAUUUCUGGAAAAAUUAUCAAAGUAGCAUUACUUCUGGACCAGAUAAUCUGCUGUUUAAAACUUUAAAAUCAGCAUGGAAUGAUCUUGACGCAGACAACCAGGUUUUGAGAAGAUUGACUAUUCCAGAGGAAACAUGGCUUGGUCAUCAAAAGCAUGAAAGCAUAACGUUCUGCAGAAAUAUUAUCACCAGUGGGUCUCUAAAAAAGGAUGGGGCUACAAGGAAGGACUACAUUGAGCUGGCAGAGCUUACACUUAUGGUGCUUUCUGAGGACAGGUACAAAUUUCGUACUCCCGGAGCAGUCCACCAUGCCCGCUUUAUGGCAAAAGGUAUCUACUACCUAAAACUCCAACUUAUGAUGGAUGCUAUACCUAGUCUAGAAAAAUGGCUGAAGCAUGAAAUUACUGAAGAUAUGAGAGCGCUUUGGCAAAUGAAUAGGUUUAAGGAGUACAAUUUGAUUGGGGCAGAAUCAGUCAUUAAAUCUAUUAAACGCCACACAGGCCAAAGUAAAAGUGACUGUCAAUGGAUGAAAACCCCUCCAGAAUAUUGGACCUGCAUCGAUUUCUACUUAAAAUUUCAGGAGGCAGUUUUUAAUCUUACAGUUGUUAAUGAUUGCUCGCAAAGAAUUGUUAAACUCAUAAAAAACAAAAUUGAUAUUGUCCAAAAAGAAGAGAAAAGACAGGAUUCACUUUUAUUUUUGCAUAAUUACAAAAGGAAGUAUGGAGGAAAAACUAAGAAAUCCGAGAAAAAACAAAAAAAAACAAUGUAAAAAUAUAACAUAACAUUUUUAAAAAAUAAUUAUAAAUUUUAUAGAAAUUUAAUUAUAAAGAAAUUUGUUAAACAAAAUUGCUAGACAUUUUAUUCAAUAUAAUUAGAUUUUUUUUUGUUUCAUGUAAUUUAAUGAAGUUUCAUGCAAUAUAAUAAAGUUUUUAUAGACCUUUAAUGCUAUAUACAGAUGAUUUAUGCAACAUAGUUAGGUUUUUUUUUCCAAAUGGCUUAACAUCCAUAAAGGUAUUGCAAUGCGUAAUAUUCGGUAAAAAUCUGCAUAACUUUGCGUUUUUGUAGAUAAAUUUACACAAAUUAUUUCAAUAAAAUAAAAUUACCAUGCAUUUUAAUUUUUUUAUUCUAACUUAGAAAAAACUCUAGAGAAAAAAAAAAUUCAAUUUUUUUGAGUUGCAAGCUUGCUCAAACGUGCGAAAAAUGGGCUUAAAAAAAGGUAAAAAAAGCCUAAAAUAUGACUUUUGAGGCACUUGAGCAACCCCUAAAAAUGGUCAAAAUUUAAAAAAAAAAAAAAUUUUACUAAUAAAAUAAGGGUCAACGCAGCAGAUAACACUCCAUGGUACUUAGAAUUUUUUCAUGACCUCAAA